AUGCAGGAGGAUGUAUACUGGAAGCAGAGGGCCAAACAGCACUGGCUCAAGGAUGCUGAUGCCAACACGAAAUUUUAUCACAGCAAUAUUACUCCACGGGUAACUCAGGCACAAAAUGAGUUAUUAGUGCGGCCCUUUGAGGUUGGUGAGAUGAAAGAUGCUCUCUUUGAAAUGUAUCCUGAUAAGACACCAGGACCAGAUGGGAUGAACCCGGGUUUUUAUCAGAGUUUCUGGGAUAUUGUGGGGGGUGAUAUCUCGACUUUUAUUGUAAAAUGUCUGAAUACAGGCUCAUUGCCACCUGGUCUGAAUAAUACCGAUGUCAUAUUAAUUCCUAAGAAAGAUGUUCCUGAGCAGGUCUCUGAUUUGAAACCGAUUGCACUGAGUAAUGUAAUUUAUAGGAUUAUGGCCAAAAUGAUUACCCAGAGAAUGAAACCCCUAAUGGAUAGUAUUAUAUCUGAGUCCCAAAGUGCAUUUAUACCAGGCAGGUUGAUAACGGAUAAUAUUUUGAUUACUUUAGAGGUAGGCCAUUAUUUGAACAGGAAACAGUGUGGAGCAGUUGGUUGGAGUGCCUUAAAACUGGAUAUGGCGAAGGCCUAUGAUCAGAUGGAAUGGCCUUUUUCGAAAGCAACUGUGCAGGAGGCAAAUGAAAUUAAAGGUUGCCUGGCUCUAUAUGAAAGUCUGUCGGGGCAGGCUGUUAAUUACCAUAAGUCCAGUAUAUGCUAUAGUAAGAAUACGACGGAGGAGGUCAAGGAAAGUGUGGCACAAGUAUUGGGAGUGAUCCAAGCUCCUAACUAUGGAAAAUAUCUUGGGUUGCCAUCAUUUAUUGGAAGAAAUAAGAAAGCAGCAUUUGCUUAUAUAGAGGACAAGAUCAGACAGAGAAUAGGGUCUUGGAACAAGAAGCUAUUGUCACAGGAAGGUAAGGAAGUCUUAUUGAAAAGUGUGGCUCAGGCUAUGCCUACUUUCUCAAUGAGUGUUUUCUUAUUGCCUAUUACUAUUUGUACGGCUAUUGAGCGGUUGAUGAAUAGGUAUUGGUGGGGCUCAGGAACUGACCAGAGAAUCCAUUGGAAAGCCUGGGAUAAGUUAUGUAUUCCAAAGAAGUAUGGUGGAUUGGGUUUUAAGGACCUAAGAGCUUUCAAUGUAGCACUCUUGGGGAAACAAGCUUGGAGAUUGUUAACCAAUACAGAUUCUCUAGUUUCUAAAGUUUAUAAGGCAAGAUAUUAUCCGAACCAACCUUUUACUGAUGCGGUCCUCGGGAACAACCCAAGCCACUGUUGGCGGAGUAUUUUGGCGGCAAAGGGUUUAAUUUGCAGUGGGGUUAGAAGACGAAUUGGGAAUGGAAAUUCUACCUCGGUGUGGGGACACCCAUGGUUGCAAGACGAAGACGACCCCAUGAUCCAGACAGAAAUGCCACCCCAACUGAGUAAUGCCAGGGUAAUCAAUUUAAUUGACCAGGAUACAGGCACUUGGGAUCAUGAUUUGCUUACUGAUAUUUUUGAACCCAGUGAUGUGAUUAGAAUUCUUAAAAUACCAGUCUCCCCAGGUUAUGAUGAUAUGUGGUAUUGGCAUGGGGACCCCAAGGGCAACUACACGGUUAAACAUGGAUAUAGAUGUAUAUUGGGGAAUUAUGAGAAUGUAGAGAAUGUGGGAUUUACGAAAUGGCUAACAUUGUGGAAGCAAAAAAUACCACCCAAAUGGAAAACCUUAUUAUGGAGAGCUUUGAGUGAUAUCCUCUCUACUACCAAUAACUUGCUUAUAAAAAGGGUAGAGGUUGAUCCGGUGUGUGCCAUGUGUGGAGUUGCAAAUGAGAAUAUUAUGCAUGCAUUGGUUUUGUGUGAUUACACAAGGACCAUUUGGGCACUAUCUAACCUUCCAUCUACAAAUAUUGUGACAAAUAUUUUUUAUGAAUGGUUUAGUGCAAUGUUAAAUAUUCUAGAUUCUGAUGGUAUUGCCUACGCAGCUGCAAUUAUUUACCAUUUAUGGAGGGCUCGGAAUGGUGCGGUUUGGGAAGCAUGUUUGCCCAGACCACGACGAUUGCUCGCCGCGGCCCAUGCCGAAUUAUCUGCAUGGUGUCAUGUCCAUGCGCUGAGAGGGGAAAUGGAUAUUGCGUCAACCAGCGCCCCAGCGCUCAAUACUGCCCACGAAGCCGUGAGCCAUGCUGCAACAAAUCACGCCCCAACACAAGUAGAGUCCAAGUGCUAUGUCGAUGCUGGAUAUCAUCAUACGGACAAUGCAGCAACGGUAGGAGCAGUAAUAAUUGAUUGGAUCAGAUGGUCGAUUUAUUUCGGCAUACGCCGCCGCGCCUUUGUCACAUUGUUUUUCCCCACUAAUGGCCGAGGCAUAUGCUUUUAA